GAGAGCCGCCAGGCUCGCGUGCGCACCGCCAAAGCAUGUCGCUUGUGCAAUGAGAAGCGUGUAAAGUGCGAUGCUAGCGAGCGCGGAACGCCUUGUACUCGAUGCGAGCAGAGGGGAGAAUCCAAUUGCACAUUAAUACAGUCUCGAAGAGGUAUUUAUGUCCGGAAGCCACGACGCCAACAAGCACGCGCUCGCAGUACAGCGGUUGAGUCGAGUAGACCUCCCCUCAACGGUGAUUCGGACGGUGUAAGGAGUCUCUCAGCAUCGGAAGAGCCCAAUGUCCGGAUCCCUGCUCCAGCAAUAGAGGCUCAACAUGCCCGCUCUUGCACAGCUCCGGCUAGUGUGCAGCCUCAACAUGACAUGCUUUCUGGAGCCACCGAUGUCAGUAUCGACUCGAGACACCGUGACGCGAGCUGGUCGACAGUUUUUGAGAACCUGCUCCAGUCUCGUGAUCAUAGAGACAGAGACGCCAUCGUCGACAAAUGUUCGAUUGCGUAUGUUGGAGAAGCUUUCCCUCUCGGUAUCAUUCUAGAUGGUUCGAGAAGUGGCACUGGACGUCCCUUGCUUCAUCAUUCUGGGCCUGCCCCUACCUCUGGUGCGCCUAUUUUGUCAUCUCAUACAGCUCAUCCUCCUGGUGUACCUCCGGAAGACAUCUCAUUCCUCGAAGCUAAACAGGCCUUCAUGGCACCUCCUGACGAAACACUGGACAUGCUCAUCACGGUCUUCAUGGAGCGAGUGUUCCCUUUCUAUCCGAUCGUCAAUCCGCAAGAAUUCCUUCAGCAUCACAAAGAGCGGAAGCUACCAUGGAUACUUCUACACUCUAUAUGCUUUCUGGCUGCCACGUUCUGUCCUCUGCGGAUUCUGCAUCGAGCCGGAUUCGAUGACAGGAAACAAGCACGGUCUCAAUUUUACAGCAAAGCCAAGGCGCUCUUUGACAUAGGCUACGACAGCAGAAAGAUUGUUACACUUCAAGUAGCGAUCAUGUUGAGCUUCUGGGGCGGCAGCCCGAACAACCAUUGGAACUUCUACACUUGGAUAUCUACUGGAGUUACAAUUGCUGAGACUAUUGGCUGUCAUAGGUCCAUGGCUGGACUCAACAUUGCACCUCAGGACCGGAGCCUCCUGAAAAGGUUGUGGUGGACUCUGGUUGUGAGGGAUGCCACUUGCGCAUCGAUGCAUGGACGCCCGUUCAGAAUCAACCUCGACCAUUGCGAUAUCGAUGAGUUGGCAUUGGAAGAUUUCGACUACGAGGUCUCAUCCGUGCCCGACCGCCUCUUAUCUGAUAAUGUUCGCCUUUCAGGCUUGUACCACAUCCAAGUAGCUAAGCUGGCGCUCCUGCUUCGUCAGAUUGUCACGAUGCGCUUCUAUCCACGGAGUCAGGACGCGAACUCACCCUCGAUAUUGCAUGAGCUGCUAUUGCUUUGGCGAAACGAACUGCCGGCCUCCCUCCAAUGGAAAGACAAUGACAGCACGCAUACGGAUGUGUUUCGGACGACACUCUGCAUAUUGUACAACCAUAACGUCAUCCUGACACACAUCAAACCGGAGUUUGCAGCGGACAAUAGCAAUGCGCUCUCACCCUCGUCCUGGCUUGGUGAUGAAGUCGCCAGUCUUUCAGCACAACAAAUUGCGUCCCUCGCAUGUUCCAUGGUCACGACUUCCGAGGAGCUUUUCCCUCCACAUGAGCUGUUUCACGGUCUCUUUAUCGCAUGUGUCGUCUUCUUCGUUCAGUCCAGAAGCCGCAGUUCGAUGACAGCAAGUUUGGGUAAGUCUGCUCUUACCAGCUGUAAGAUGGCCCUUCAUAUCCAUCGCGAAACGUGGGAUGCCAGCUCAUGGAUCACUCAAAUCUUUGAC